GGUAUAAAUAUGAUCCCUGAAAGAUACCCGCAGCCCGCAGGUCUCUCCACUAAAUAGUGAUUUGUCGAUCAGUUCACCGGGGGGUUGGAGAGUCACCUCAAGUUCUCGAGUUCUCAACUUCUCAACUUCUCAACUUCUCAACGUGUUUGCUUCCUUCUACGAGUAUCUCUUACCUUUGACAUCUCACCAUAUCUCACCAUACCGGUAUUUCUAAGCCUCCAUCGGUUUUUCCCACAUUCGUGCAUUAGUCCCACUUCAACCACCAAGCCAACCUCGUACAGCACAACACAAGUUAAGCCCUUGAAUAAGUCUUGGAACAUGCGUCAUGAGUCUCUCCAAUCUGGUGGCAUGUUUUCUUCUUAUCAAAUCGGAUCAUUACUUCCAUUCGAUAGUUUAGGGUUCAAUUGAGUAUGACUAGAGAAUUGGUACUAAAAGUAUUUGAACGACCUAGAUAGAUACUUCGAUGGCGAAGUCGCUGAUCGAGUCAAACGAACAAAACCUUUCCCUAACCUCACUUCAUUCAUCUCCUCUUUUCUAUCAAAGUUAAUUUGUAUUUUCAUCUGAUAUUUUCGGAUAUUGAUAUUGUAUACUGUUGAAUGAUUGAUUGUUGUCCAAGAUUUCCUGCAUCUUGAACUUCAAAUUGUACCCCACCAUAUCCAUUUGUCGAUAUGUCUUAUUCUCCAUUUUCAGACAAGUACAAUCAAGUACCUCAAUCAGAAGAUGGUGAAGGUUUACUUUCGAAUCCCGAGCCAACGUAUAAGCCAACAUCCAGACGAAAUGGCACCAUUUGGUACAUAUUAACACUGCCGGUAGUAUCGUUGUUGUCAGUUGGAUUGGGUAUAUGGAUUGGUUCUCGAUUUGUAGCGGAUCCCGCGAAGUUGUGUCCUAGUUACGUGCAACAUUACUCUCCUAUUCUGAAUGAUAUCGAUACAUCAUAUCAGCCAGUGAUGUUCAAUGGAUCAUUCAUGAAAGAAAAUGCGUUCCGAUUAAAAGCAGGCCCGGAAGUGGACGCAGCAUGGGGAAGCUUGGGAGUACAUUACCGAAGUUUCGCAUUACCAGCGAGUGAGGCAGAGAAAUCCGGAUUGACAUCUGCUCAUGUUCAAAUCAACGAAAAAUACGGAGGAGGAUUCCCGGUAAAUCUGGAAGGACUACAUCAUUUGCAUUGUCUUAACCUUGUGAGACAAUCUCUAUACUACAAUUACGAUUAUUAUCGCGAUCAAGGAAAAGGAGCAUUUGUGAAUGAUGAUAAUAUCGUUCAAUACCACGUCUCCCAUUGUCUAGAUAUUAUCCGCCAACAACUCAUGUGCCAAGUCGAUACCGGCGUCCUCGGCCAAGUAUGGUGGGAUAAAUCCAAGCCGCAAGCAUUCGUAGACUUUAACACCGAACACCAAUGCAAAAACUUCGAUGCCAUAAGACAAUGGGCAGAGGAAAGACAAUUACCUGCGGGUGGACCACCGGAUUUUCUACAAAGACCAGAGGAGAGUGAUGUUCUGGAGAGUAUACCUUAAGGGUGAAGGGGUAGAAGAGAACGACUGAACAAAUGAUGUAUGAAUCGGAUGAGGUUGGGCUGGGCUGGGCUGGGCUGGGCUGGGCUGGGCUGG